UUUAUAUUCUACACUAACGCAAACCAUGUAUUCGAUGCAGGUUGUCAGCCGCGUAUUGCUCGGUUCAAAGGUGCCCACCCGAUCGUUGCUAUCCAUGCGGCCAAUCUGCGGAUCAACAAUGCUCUCGCCACACCAACCCAAAUGUUUUCCGUUUGCCAUUAUGUCCUUCUCUAGCAGCAGCAGCAGCAGCAGCAAGGGGUUCCACACAUCGGCGCAAUCACUUUACGCCGAGAGAAAACCAGAAUUGUCAACAGAGGCAAACCCACCAGCAACAUCAGCCGUCCCCUCUUCUGUUCAGCAGCAGCAUGUGCAGCCGGAUGCCAGCAUCCCUAUUAAGCUGCCAAUGUACGACAUGCCAAUGUCCAAGCAGGUGCGGCACCUGCGGAUGGUUUUCCUCGUCAACGUAUUCUGCUCAACAGCGAUCAGCCUCUGGGUGCGCCUCGACGACGUCUACACGGUGCUCGCAGCUGGCGGAAUAAUGACUGCCGGAUUCAUCCCCCUGGUGCUUGUCCAACUAAUGUACCGCGACCAUAUCCGCAGCAUCCGUAUCCUCGGGAACCUCAGCAAAAAGGCCCUACAGCAGGUACGGCGCGCUGAAGCAUCUGGCGAGAGCCAGAUUGAGUUCCCUGUGACGAACGAUACGCCGUUGUUGAUUGAGAAAUUCAGCCUGACUGGGAGUGAUCCGAAGACCCCAGUUUAUGUGCGAGAUUUGAGACCGGGCCCGUCGCGCAAGCAUAGUGUGCAGUGGGUGUAUCGCCCCGAGUUUGGGUUGCCGACGAGGUUUAGGAUUUCGAAGAAGGUCAUUCAGUUCCAUCCGGAUGUCAGGGCCCUAGAUACGCUGAUUCGAGAGAACGCGGAGCUUGGGAUCACCGGCGAAACCAGCGUAAAGAGGGCAAAGAAGCUGCGCAAGAAGAUGCUGGGCCGCAACGAACAAGAAGACAAAUAAUAUUUUAAAU